CUUAGAAGCUAAUAUGCCAUAGGUUGAUGAUAACAUCGUUAUCAGCGAGUGCAUGUGUUCCAUUGUAAAUCGGUUACUGCAUACAUUGUCGUGUAAUGGCGGCCACUCGAUGGGGAUGCCUGGGUCCGGGGAAGAUAUCAGAGGAUUUCUUCAUGGCAAUUAAGGAGAAUCUGCCCGCUCAAGAACACAAGUUUGUCGCGGUGGCGUCACGUGAUCUUGCCAGGGCCCACACAUUCGCGGAUAGGUUCGGAUUUGAACGUGCAUACGGUUCGUACGAGGAAGUUGGCCAGGACAGCGAUGUCGAGGUGGUGUAUAUAGGAACGCUGCACGUGACGCACGUGGAUCUCGCGCUGAAGAUGAUGCAUGCCGGGAAGCACGUGCUCUGCGAGAAGCCAAUGGCGAUGAACCUGAAACAGGCGCAGCUUGUUCUUGAUGCCGCUAAAACCGAGAAUCGCCUCUUUGUUGAGGCUGUUUGGAGUAGGUGGUUCCCAGCGUACCAAAAGGUGAGAGAAGAACUAGCAGCGGGAGCCAUCGGCGAUCCCCGCCUGGUGUUGGUCAACUUUUGCGUCCCCAUCUCCGAGGUGGAGCGGGUGAAGAACAUUGCCAUGGGCGGCGGAGGCUGCCUGGACAUCGGGAUAUACGUGGUGCAGCUGGCCUGUAUGGUGUUUAAUGAGAGGCCGGUGUCCAUUUCGGCCGUGGGAAAUCUGAUGGGAGCGGUGGACGAGAGUGCAGUGAUCGUGCUGAAGUACAAAGGUGGAGGGCUGGCCAACUUGACCUACCACACCGCCGCAGGUCGGGGAACAAACAGCGCCACCAUCAUGGGACCGAAAGGGCAGAUUCAGAUCGAAAGCCCGUUUCACGCCCCAACGCGUGUCCUGACGCCGACCGGUACCAACGAGUUCCCAUUAAAAGAGGGGUCCUACCACUUCGGUAACAGCGCCGGCCUGCAGUACGAAGCGACUGAGAUUCGUAGAUGCCUAUUGGAAGGUGCAAUCGAGAGCCCCGCGUUCGCGCACAAGGAUAGCGUCAUGGUUCACACAAUUAUGGACGAGGUCCGUCGACAGAUUGGCGUUGUAUACCCGGGUUUCGACUAAAGAGAAGAAACUGCACUCACUUGGGAAAAAACAACAUGUCGUAUUAGGCUUUCUAUAUUACGUUUCGGGUUCGCUCGGGUUUCCUAAGUUUACCUAUUGUCUGGUUGUUUUUAUGUUUUUAGCUUAGGUAGCAAGAUUUGUAUGUUAUUACAAUUUUCAAAGAAUGCAUUAUCUAGUUAUAAAUUUUUUAAUGAAUGUGAUUGCACUAUGUAAUUUGUUAUUUUGGCUUAAAGAAAACAAGAAUACAGAUGCAGAAACCUAGAAUUAUGCGUGUCUUCGAAAUAGUCUCUUUCCUUCAAUAAAAUAAUCCUGUUAUUACGCGUUAUUGCUUUUAUAAUUGUGUAUCGUUAAUCGGAUAAACAACAAAGUUAAAGACUUUUCUGUAUUCAAAUCGACAUGUGGUGCUUAGGAAAUACUUAUAGUUAUAAAAUUGCCGGUGAUCUAAAAUUGACAUAAAUGGACUGUACAUGUAUGCUAUCAGUGCCUUUUAGUUUUGUUGCAACGUCUGACACAACCAGUCUCCCAUUGAAUAACAACAAAUACAAUUGUAUCUUACCUGUGAACCAGGUUAAGUUUCACUUUGUUUACAUAAUAAGAUAAGACAAUUUUUUUUUAUAGUUUUUUGUUAAACAGGAAAUAUGUAAUAGCAUGUGAUCAAAAGUUGUGUGCAUUUGGACUGAUUAAGAACAAAAUGAAUAAUCGUCCAUGAUUAGCCACGUCCUUCCAAUAUCAUCACAAAUAUUACAUUGAUAGAUCCUUUUCCGUUGUGCAUGCUUGUUAUUUUUUUAAACGUAAAUACGUACACCCAAAUCUAUUCAGACCAAA